AUGUUCGCACAAAGCACGGCUGAGAUACUGGAGGCUUCGGUCAGAGAGGCUCUGAGCCGCGUUGGAGAGGAACAGUCGUCAUGGUUCUGGACGAGUGUGGUGGACGGAUUCGUGAAGAUGAAGAACAUUGGAGGAAUCUUCUCGUACUUAUCUUCGAAGUGGGCUUUGACAACCUUCGCUAUCGCAAUCUUGCUUAAUCGCACACAAUUCUAUGCAUCCUCACGAGAACAUUUGCGAUUUCGACUCCACGUGCGAGCGGCAAUAUACCUCGUCCCGAUCUCGGCUCUCAUUAUGCAAACGAUCAUGAUCCUUCAGGGUCUGCGAUGUCAAACGUCGCCGAAUUACUCGCAACUUCGGUACGGCGAUCCUCUGAAGACGCUCGCGAUCGACUUCGGUGGUGAAGGCGGUUUCAUCUACUGGCUAAGCUCCACACUUCUCUUCUGGCAGGACGAUGCAACUUGCUGCAACGCCCGAUCCAUGUCAAUGAUUGGCAUGGAAGACGACAAAAGUGAGCUGCGCGGUACAAUGUCGCUACUUUACUGGUUUUUCAUCACUCUUUGCACAAGCCAAUUCUUCGAGACAUUGUCCUGCGCGCUGCAGGGCAAGGCACCAGUACCUGAGACCGGGAUGACUCUAUUCGAGCACUCCCUCGCCUUUGCAGAGUGUGAAGCCAUGAUCAGCAGUAUUCUCGGAUUCGGGUUCUUUGGAUCGAAAGAAAGUGGACCUAUCCAGGCGUCGGGCAUCGCUCUUACUCGGGGAGAUGUACUGCAACGUCUGAAUGUCCCUCCGGAGGUUUUGCUGGUGUGUCUGAUAUCAUGCUUCAGUCACCUGAGCAGUGCAACUCUGGCAGUCUUUGGCAUCAGACAGAAGGCGAGGCUUGUUAAUACCGGCAUCUGGGCUUGCUGUUACAUGACUACUUUCGUCUGGAGCUUUCUCAAGAUCUACUUCGCACCUACCGAUCUCGCCACAGAUCUUGGAGUACUCCGAUUCCCAACAGUCUGCAUCGUCGGCUUCGUACCUCAUUUCCUGAUCGUAUGCGGUAUCCUCCUUUGCGGGGGAAUCUACCUUCUGGCCAUGAUCUUCACUGCGAUGUCUGUUCCAUCUGGUGCUGCUGAAGGCGGCUCCAUUCGACGGCGCUUCGCCUGGGCCUACCACAACCUUCAAGCGAACGUCCAGUUCUCGCAGUCAUCAACGAUACGAAUCAAGAUGUCGGAAGACUUCUACACGACUCUGCUCAAGAUUGGCUUCAACGUGCUUACAGCUGCGAGCGAGGCCGUAUACUUGAAUGAGGGUCGGCAGAUCAAGAUUGCGAACAUGACAUGGCUGGAGCAGAAGAGAGUCGAUGAGUUAGCGGCAGGUGUGGAGAAGCGCAGAUUAUUGGCCAUACCGACCGAGCUACUCGGCGAAGACAUCGCUCGCGGUCUUAGCUUUGUCGAUCAUCAAAAUGCGGCCAUCGGGCAGUCGCCGUACGCGCGCGAGAGGAAAUCCAAAGCUGUACGCACAACUCAAGCCGACAAGCCCAACGCAGAUAGAGAGACUGGGCUUGGGCUGGCGCAGCGCCGGAGUCGCAUGCAGUUGACGGGAGACUUUGUUGCCGGAAUCUUCUGGCUGGUGGUCGGCUUGGAGGCGCAUAUCUUGCUUAAUCUUCUGCGCACGAUUGGUGUGAGGUAUCGACCGAAUUGGCUAUUGAAAGUAGCCGGUCUGCUCGACCGACCUUCGCCGAACCCCAUGCCAGCUGAACAGGCUCAGAAGGACUUUCUGGGAUUCUACAUGAUCGGACGAGACGGAAGGCUAUCAUUGGCGCGAGAUGACAACAUCGAUGUCGAGGCCGAAUCUCGGCGGAGACUUGAGCGUGCUGGAACAUACCAAGGCGAGGAGCAACUGGACGGCGAGCUUUGGAGAUGGUUCCGCAACGGCGGCUGGUUCGGAGAGCUCGAUGCAAGUGGGGACUACCAGGAACAGGACGAUGAUAACGAUGACACUACCAGCAUGAUUUCAAUGUCGACCAACGCCAGCACGACAGAUGAUCAACAAGAAUGGGAGGAGGAAUCAAGCGGCCGCAGAACGCCGACACAAACAGACGUAUAUGGGACCCGCAACCGGGAGGGCACUCCAGCAUCGGACGCCGGCCUCGAUCUUGGCUCCCUCUCACGAUUACUCAAUCCCCAAACACAAUCCGACCGCGAAGACGCUCAUCUUCUUUCCUUCCGCCUGCAGUUCAACCACCCCAUGACUCGCAGUCAAUACCGGCGCACCACGGAGCGCAGCCGCGCCGAGCUACUCAGCGGCCUGCGUCCUCCCACCACGACCCAGCCCACAUCAGAUGAGGAGGAAGAGCGUGACCUCGAGGAAUUCCUGCUCAAAAUGCGCUCGAAAGCCAAAGCAGCCACCAAGCGCCAAAGCACAUGGGAGACCGGCGCCGAAGGUAUGGGUGAAAGCGGACCACAGUGCGUCGUGUGUCAAAGCACGCCGCGCACGGUUCUGGUCUGGCCGUGUGGAUGCUUGAGCAUGUGUGAUGAUUGCCGGGUGGGUCUGGCGGCGAGAAACUACACGAAGUGCAUCUGUUGCAGGACGAGUAUUGCGGCGUACUCGAGGUUGUUUGUGCCUUGA